AUCGACACGUUUAUUUUCCACGUUGGAGUUCCGAGAUAAAAAUCGUAGGAAAUGAUUUCGAAACUCCUGCCCUUUUUACUGCUGUGUGCGUUUGCUCUAGUGUCGUUGCUGGUAUUUCAUAAAGUGUACGAAACCUCCCAGCUCGUUAUCGACGAAGAAUUCCACCUUCGACAGGGCGACCAUUAUUGUCGUGGUCGUUUUCAAAAAUGGGAUCCCAAAAUUACCACGUUUCCCGGACUUUACCUCGCUUCGGCAGCAAUACUGAGCCCUCUAAAUGCUUGUUCCAUUUAUGGUCUGAGACUCACCUCACUGAUCGCGGCGAUCGUCAACGUCUUGCUGAUGUACCAGAUUAGGAAAAGCUUCAUCCAGCGUAAAACCAACACCGAUCUGUUGCUGGAAGUGGCCUCGUUGUCGCUCCUACCUCCCCUGUACUUCUUCUCGCAUCUUUACUACACCGAUGUCCUUUCGGUAACUGCGGUUCUGCUGCUGGUGCUCUCCGGCGAACGACGUCACCACAGCUUGGCGGCCCUGUGGGGCUUUUGUGCUGUGCUGAUGCGCCAAACCAACAUCGUCUGGGUAGGAUUCGUUUGUGGAUCGCGUGUCAUCGAUCUGCUGCUAUCGAAGGGCAGCUUAAAAGAGCUCGUACUAUCACCGUCCCGCAUGUUCAAUCUUAUCCAAGAGAUAUUAGAGCGAUUUUGGGCAUAUGCCCUCGUGAUGGGAAGUUUCGUAGCCUUUUUGGUGGUCAAUGGUUCCAUCGUAAUUGGGGAUAAAUCCGCCCACGAAGCAGCGCUGCAUGUUCCUCAGCUAUUCUAUUUCACGUUGUUCUUUGCUAUGUUCAGCUCAUCGCUAGUGCUGCCUGCUGCUUCCGAUAUCUUGAAGACCGCGAUUCGAAGAUGGUACCUCACAAUAAUCGUGUGUGCUGUCGUCGGUGCCAUCAUUCAUUUCAAUACCAUUGUACACCCCUAUUUGUUGGCUGACAAUCGUCAUUACACAUUCUACCUUUGGAAUCGAUUCUAUGGCCGUUGGUGGUUCGCUCGAUAUCUGCCAAUCCCGGUUUAUGUCAUUGGUGGAUUGCUUCUGUGGAAGGCCAGUAUGCAGCGUCAGACGUACGGCUUCAUCCUGCUUUCAACGGUGGCUAUCAUUGCGUCCGUAGCACUCCAGCAACUCCUGGAAGUGCGAUAUUUUUUGCUACCAUUCCUGGUGCUUCGAUUGCUCCGUAAAGGUGGUGUUUCGAGGCGCGCCCUCGUAGUAGAACUGUUAGUUAACGUUAUCAUCAACAUCAUUACGUUUGCGAUCUUCUUCCAUAAAGAAAUCGCGUGGAAAGAUUACAAACAACCGCAGAGAAUGAUGUGGUGAAAGACUACCUAGAAUUGAAUCCUAAUUGCGAUUCCAUAAUGACACUGAUGGCAUAAAAUGUCUCUCGUGAAUCCCACAAAGUCUGAUACUAGUACUAUGUUAGAAUUAGGUGAGCCCAGUUGUGAGUAGAGACGAGGUAAAGUAGCAAUUAGUAUGGCAUUUAUUGUA